AUGCCUCCAGUUCUGCCAGUUUGCCAUAUCCCCAUUGCUUUCCCAACCCACCUAUCUCACCAGCCAGCGAGCAGGGAACUGUUGGAAGUCUGGGAGUCCGAAAGAGUAGCGAAAGAGCCAAUAUCUGGGCAUCGACUGUGCCGAGCUAUCAUGGCGCCAACUGGCUUGCUGGAGUCCUUUCUCGGUGCGAUUCAGGCCAGUCUUUCUGUUCUCCUCGUUAUACUGUAUGGCGGCAUUGCAGCAUGGCUCGGCAUCCUCAAUAGUGGCAAUACCAAGGCAGUGUCGAAGAUUUGUGUGCGGAUGUUCCUUCCAGCCCUGCUUGUCACACAAAUCGGAUCCGAGUUGCACCAAAAGUCAGCGUCUCGCUACGUCGUCAUCUUGCUCUGGGCAUUAUUGUGCCACUUGGCAUCCUUUCUACUCGGGAUUAUGGCACAUAUAGGUCUCGGCAUGCCCGACUGGACGACUGUGGCACUGAUGUUCAAUAACACUACCAGCUACCCUCUACUGCUGAUUGCUGCUCUCCGAGAUACUGGCAUCCUGAAAGCUCUGAUCGUCGCAGACGAAACGACCCAGGAGGCGAUUGAGCGUGCCAAGUCAUAUUUUCUUAUAUUCGCCACGGUGUCUAGUUGCUUGACGUUCGCGGUUGGUCCGAGAUUGAUUGACUCAGAGCAUGCGCCAGACGAGGACGACAAGCAGUCGGCACCUUCGUCCGGUGAGAUAUUGGACCACAAUGACACCGAGAUAGUCGAUGAGUCAAGCCAACUUCUACCGUCGAAUCAGACCCAGUCCUCGGUGGACGGUCCUUACAUACGAAACUCGUUCUUUCCCUCCAGGCGUCACUCGCUAUCGAGUCCAUCUCAACGCCAGAGCGUCUCUCUUGAUACAAGGAGCGCGUAUCUCGUGACAAGACGGUCUUGGCAACGUCUUGGCCCUCGAGCACAAUGGUGGCUUCUUUUGAUCUCGGACUUUUUCAACGCCCCUUUGAUCGGCGCGCUUCUCGGUGCCGUUAUUGGUCUGGUACCGAUGCUACACAAGGCAUUCUUCAACGAUACUACAGACGGUGGGAUCUUCACCGCUUGGUUUACUGCUUCUUUGAGAAACAUUGGAGGGCUUUUUGUCCCGCUGCCAGUCGUGAUUGCUGGAGUAUCUCUGUAUACGGCGAUGCAGCAGCCAAAGGCGCAGGGCAGCCAGGCCGCUAAGACGCUGCCGUGGGCUCCGACGAUUUUCAUCCUCGGCAUACGCUUUAUCAUCUGGCCAGUGGCGUCUAUUACCUGUGUAUAUCUGAUGGCGUCCAGGACUUCCAUACUCGGUGACGAUCCGAUGCUGUGGUUUACACUAAUGCUGAUGCCUACUGGGCCUCCAGCAAUGAAGCUCAUCACCCUGGUCCAGGUCAGCGAUGCAGGUGAAGAGGAUGAGACAAGCAUCGCGAAGCUCCUCACAAUUUCAUAUCUCAUCUCUCCAGUGCUUUCCCUGACUGUGGUUGGAGGCUUGAAGGCUACUCAAAUGGCCAUGCACUGA